UCUCACCUGCGCCAGAAGUUCAGUUCGGGACUGAUCGCUCCAGCAAACUCGUAACGAGAGCAGAAAUCUCGAAUUCCACCAUGAGCAGCGGAUACAGCAGCCAAACGACCAUCAAACGGACCGUACAGGGUGGAAACACCUCAUCGAUCCGGAGUAGUUUUGGUGGUGGCAGCGGUUCCUUGCGAAGAGCUGGUGGCAGAAAGGCCAUGAGUAUGAUUUCAGGAAGGGUAGGAUCAUUUGGAGGAGGAGGAGUGGGAAUGACAAGACGUCUGAUUUCCAGCUCAGCGAUGGGGCUUGGUUCAGCUUACGGCUCUGGUUCAGCUUUCGGCUCUGGUUCAGCUUACGGCUCUGGUUCAGCUUACGGCUCUGGUUCGAUGAUGCCGGCCCUUGAUCUAAGCGCCCCACUGCCACAAAAUGACACCCAUCUGCAACAAGUUCGGAUGCAGGAAACGAAGGAGCUCACGACGCUCAACAACCAGUUCGCAAGUUUCAUAAACCAGGUCCGCGUUCUUGAAAAGCAGAAUACUCAGCUGAAGAUCAAACUGGAGCUCCUGAAGAAGCAGGGAUCGUCCACCUCCAACAUCGAUAACAUGUUCCAAGCUUACAUUGACAACCUCAAGAGGCAACUGGACACUCUUGGGCAGGAGAAGCUGAAGUUCGAAGCGGAUCUUGUUCAGAUGCAAGGUCUAGUUGAGGACUUUAAGGGCAAAUACGAAGAUGAAAUUAACAAGAGGACUGAAAUGGAAAACGAGUUUGUCAUGGUCAAGAAGGAUGUCGAUGAAUCCUACAUGAACAAGGUGGAAUUGGAAGCAAAACUAGAAAGCCUGACUGAUGAAAUCGAAUUCCUGAAGACAAUCUUCCAAGAGGAAAUCCGUGAGCUGGAAACACAGAUUCAGAACACUUCUGUCAGCGUGCAGGUGGACACUGGCUGCGUACUGGAUACAGACCAGAUCAUCAAUGAAGUCAGAAACCAAUACCAAUCUAUGGUAGAUAAAUGCCGUGAAAAUGCUAAUAGAUGGAAACAGACUAAGAUGAUGGAACUCAAUUCAAUGCCUGCAGGUAAAGGAGAUGACUUACGAGUGAUCAAAUCGGAGUGUAGCGAUCUGCAGGGUCGCAUCCGUAAGCUGACUCAGGAUAUCGAGUAUUUAAAACAGCAGCGUAUGAAAUUAGAAGGUAUGAUCGCUGAAGCAGAGGAACGCGGCGAGUUGUCUCUCAAAGAUAGUAGAAAGUCUAUCGCGGAUCUGCAAGAAGCCAUCAGGAAAGCAAACCAGGAGAUUACUAAGCAAUCUCGUGAAAUCGAUGAGCUGAUAAAUGUCAAGUUGGCUCUGGAUAUUGAAAUUAACACCUACAGUAAACUACUGGCGCAAGAGGAAACCAGGAUGGUAGAAGGCGUCAAAACCCUCAGCGUACAACAAGUUUCACAGCAAGGAAAUUAUGGGGAUUAUAGCAGCAGUGCGAGUAGCGGUCAGUAUAACAGCUCCGCUUAUCAGAGUGGUAUGGGUGCAAUGGAAACUUCUCGCAUCUCAGGACAUCGAAUUGAGCCCUCCAGGAACGUACUGGUGAAAACAGUGGAGCAGUUGGAUGGUGUUACAGUUUCAUCAACAAUAAGUACUUUGCAAUAAUGAAUUAUGAGUCUUGAGCAACUAAACAAUUUUAUUACCUUCUCUUGUUCAUUUGCCAUUUUUAUUUGAGAGUUCAGUUCUGCUAAUUCUAGCUUUGCAUAUUUGGAGAAUUGUUUAUUUCUUAAAUGCUGGCACUAUAAAAUCCCUUGCAUAUGUCUUGAGAUCUCUGUUAGGGAGUAACUGGUCCAAUCUGCUGAUAUUCUUCAUCACUGAUCAAUCUAUUAGAUAAACACAGGCCACGCAAACCAAUAGAUUCACAUGAAUUAUGCAGUGUAGUUUCAGAAACAAUGUAUUGGAUGAAAUUUUAAAUAACUAAGAAGCGGCAUAUUAUGGUGUUAAAAUGUGAAUGAUUCAGUAAAUGCUUGACUUGCUGUCACUUUGGUUCUGAGAGAUUGACAACAAGAUGCAAAUAUGCAGAGGUAGGUUUUAGAAUAAACUUCAAUAUGUUAUCACUUGAAUUGUUGGUUGCUUUAAAAUAAGAAAUAAACAAGACUGCUUUCA